GGAAAAAUCCUUCCAAGUGGAAGCACUGCCUGAGUGAUUGUUCGUUUUUCGUAUAUCCCGCACCACGCGUGACAAACACGCACCAUCACGUGUUUUGAUCAUUUUGAUCGAAAGAAGAAAUAUAUAUAUGUAUAUUGGAGAUUUUUGUUGAUUUUUAUCGAAAUUUCUGUUGCUUUUCUUGCAAGACAGCCUUCGAUCUUAACAAGAGACGCCAAGGAAGAUCUAAAAUCGUUCAAGUAAUGUACUUUUGUUUUAAUUUAUGAAAUAUUUUGCCGAAGAGCCGAGCUGCUCAAAAUUCAGAAAGAAUGCAAGGCAUACAAACGUGGUCGAAAUCUAUAAAUGUUUUCUUGUGAAUAGCUGUAUUUCGUGGAUAAAUAUGUUUCAGAUAAAAUCUUCACUCUAUUAUGCUGUUCUGUAAGUUUUUUUUUAGUAAAACAGGCGCUUUUUUGCUCAGGUUUUAAGCUUUUAUACGUUGUUUCCAUGAGAUUGACUUCAUAUUUUUAUUUAAUAGUCUAGGACCUGUAUAGAUGUUUGUAUGCGUUUCAUUUAGCACAGGUAAUCUCAACUGUUUUAGGGUAAAAUGACCAUGGCGGUCAACAUGGCAUAUGUGCCAAAACCUGAAUCCGGGGCGGAAGUCCUGAAAAUGACCUGGCCCUGAAACGGCAGUGCCGACAUAGCUCCAACUUCCGAAAACGAAAAGCAAUAGCCGUUCUGAAGUGCUUAUGGUGUUUAAUAGAAGGGUUGCUUUUAGGGGUGGUCAUUGGAAGGAAAAAUUUGUCUAAGUAUAAUAUUUUACAAGAAAAUGACCAUGCACCACCCCAGGUAAAUUGCUAAUUAUACAUAAAAUAACUAAUAUGCCUGGCACAGUGGCAGAAAUUAAAUGUUCUUAUUUCCUAAACAAAAUUAUCAUGGGAUGAAAAACUAUGCUUAAUUUAAUAUAAUUAUUGUAGUUUUCAUAAGGAUUGUCAUUGUUUUCUUUAAAUAUAAUACAUUUUAUUUCACUCACCCCCCACGAAAACACGAUUUCAGCCAUAUUUUGCCGUCUUGUUUGCUUUUUAUCGCCGAGUCUCGCCAAUAUCACCCAGUUGUUGUACUUUUACAUAAUGAUCAGUGGCUAAAGAAGAUUUCAACCAAGUUUCAUCAAGUUUUGAAGCAGUGCAAUGUAUUUUAUCUUCGAUAUUGUGUCCUUCGAUAUUUCGUCAAAUUGCCGCCAUUUUAAUGGCUCGCCGCUUGUCUGCCCGAUAAAUGCCACUUCUUCAUUUUCAUAUGUAUUUAGAUUACAGUAUCCAAGAGUACUUCAUUGUAGAAUAGUCCCAAUCGAAAAAUUGACAACAUUACUCCCAUUUGGAAGGAAAAACCCGCCCGUAAACCAUUUAUGUUCAAAAUAAAAAACAAAUCAUUUGAAAGUCACGCGCAAUCUGGACUUCUCAUGGACACAUGACAGGGGGUGAAUAUUUUCACGAAACAUUUGUUCGCCACCACAGCAACCUAACUAAAUAUAUUGUAUUUUUAUGAUUUAUGAUAAAACUACCCAAAUAUUUAUUGUUUUUAUCAUAAUUCAUAAAAAUACAAUAAAUACAAUAUAUUUAGUUAGGUUGCUGUGGUGGCGAACAAAUGUUUCGUGAAAAUAUUUACCCCCCCUCCCCCCCUGUCAUGUGUCCACGAGAAGUUUUCGCGAAGAUUGCGCGUGACUUUCAAAUGAUUUGUUUUUUAUUUUGAACGUAAAUGGUUUACGGGAGGGUUUUUCCUUCCAAAUGGGAGUAAUGUUGUCAAUUGUUCGAUUGGGACUAUUCUACAAUGAAGCAAUGAAGAAGUGGCAUUUAUCGGGCAGACAAGCAGCGAGCCAUUAAAAUGGCGUCAAUUUGACGAAAUAUCAAAGGACACAAUAUCGAAGAUAAAAUACACUGCACUGCUUCAAAACUUGAUGAAACUUGGUUGAAAUCUAAUUUAGCCAUUGAUCAUUAUGUAAAAGUACGACAACUGGAUGAUAUUUGUGAGACUCGGCGAUAAAAAGCAAACAAGACGGCAAAAUAUGGCUGAAAUCGUGUUUUCGUGGGGGGUGAGUGAAAUAAAACUACAAUAAUUAUAUUAAAUUAAGCAUAAUUUUUCAUCCCAUGAUAAUUUUUUUAGGAAAUAAGAACAUUUAAUUUCUGCCAGGCAUAUUAGUUAUUUAAUGCAUAAUUAGCAAUUUACCUGGGGUGGUGCAUGGUCAUUUUCUUGUAAAAUAUUAUACUUAGACAAAUUUUUCCUUCCAAUGACCACACCAUAAGCACUUCAGAACGGCUGUUGCUUUUCGUUUUCGGAAGUUAGAGCUAUGUCGGCACUGCCGUUUCAGGGCGGGGUCAUUUUCAGGACUUUUGCCCCGGAUUCAGGUUUUGGCACAUAUGCCAUGUUGACCGCCAUGGUCAUUUUACCCUAAAACAGUUGAGAUUACCUGUGCUAAAUGAAACGCAUACAAACAUCUAUACAGGUCCUAGACUAUAUUAAAAAGUGUACAUUUACACACCCAAAAUCGUGAAAAAUUUUGCACGCUCAACGGUUCAUUGCAAAUUGUUAUAGUAAAUUUUAGACAUAGAAUCGCAACAAAAAGCCAGCGAAGCUAACUUGUCUAUUUUUGCGCCCUUUUGUAGCUGCUCCCUUGCAAGCGCUUGGAUAGUGCUAGAAAGAAUAUUGCCUUUGAUAUCGACGCUAUAAGUGUGUGCACUAACCAACAAGCGCAUCGCCGCAGAUUGCUGUAUAAGCUCAAGUAUAGUGCGCUGACACAAAGAGUGCAUUUCAAGCAAAUCAGUUGCACGCAAGUUGACAGACGACGCAAAAAGCCGCACGCAGCAGCAAGCGCAAGAAAUAGUUCAUGUACAAAAUGUCAAUGGAAGGAGAAAACCCUAGCAUUAAAGACGAGCAAAGUGGCGAGCAAAUCUGCCGAGAUUUCCAGCGAGGCGUCUGCAGCCGCGGGGAUAAAUGCAAGUUUGCCCAUCCGUCCGGAAUGGGAAGCGAGCCCAAAGAUCAGCCAAUGAUAUGCCGUGAUUUCCAAAACGGCACGUGCAAUCGAAGCACGUGCAAAUACCUCCACGUGACAAACCAGGAAGAGAAAGAUUACUUACGGACCGGACAGCUUCCGGGUAACUCCCGUGGGGGGCGGGGGCGGGAUUCUAACGCCCAGGUCUGUAAAGAUUUCCUUAACAACAAAUGUAACCGUGGGGCGAGCUGCAAGUUUCGUCACGUUCCCGAGGAAGGUAUGUAUGGCGGUGGAGGCGGGUACUACGAUGAACCCCCGCGGAAACGACCUCGGGACAGCAUGGGUGACGACUACCGGUACCUCAUGGAAGAAAAUGUCUCGCUGAGAAGAAAAGUGUCAGAGCUACAAAAGGACGUGGCAGAUCUUCGUGCCACAAAUGAUAUUCUCUUGGAGCAGAAUGCUCGGCACAGGCGGUCAGGCGGUAGCAGUUCUGCAUCGUACGGUGGGGGCUAUGCAAACGACGCCUACGGGAAUGCUGCAUCCAGCGUAAGUUACCCGUCCAGGGAUUCCUACACGGCCACUGGGGCCUACAACUCCUACGCCACUCCCAAGCAGGCUGGAACGACCGGCUAUGAUGGUUAUACUGAGUUCAAGUGAGAACACUUCGUGGACUUUUUAAAUCAGGUUUUAAUGUUAUCUUUUCAUUACAUAUUGGCAGUAUGCAUAAAAAACAGACUUAUUAAUAACUUUCAGCCUACUUUCUAUAGUUAUUCGUAAAUGCAUGAAAAUGUUUUCACAAUUUGAGAAGAAAUGUACAGUAGUAAAACAAAAUGCUAAAGAGUGUUUUUGAUGUUACUCUGAGUGUAUAUCCACACCAGGCAGGCUGAAAAGUUAGCCUGACCACGGUGGGAAUCGAAUCUGCGAUCUUUGGGAUACUAGUAAAACACACAAAAAGUAUCAAGAUCAUAGAACACAUUAGUAUUGAAGGUACUAGACUUAGUUCCGAUUUACUUCCGAAAUACCACACACUCGAACAGACUUGGCCUCAUGGCUCAGUUGACAGAGCAUUGAGGUUGCAGGUUCGAUUCCCACCGUGGUGAGGCUAACUUUUCAGCCUGCCUGGUGUGGAUAUAUACUCAGAGUAACAUCAAAAACGUCAUAGAUAGAGCAGAUAUGUAGUUUUUUUUACCUCAAAAAGUUGCCACAACACGGCCUGUUUCAUCCAAGAGGAAUCAUCGGGAGUCACCUGAAGUUUGGAUAAACAGGCCGUGUUGUGGCAACCUUUUGAGGUAUAUAUAUAUAUAUAUAUAUAACAGUAUAUGAUUACAUUUCUUCUCAAAAUGACCCAAAUAAUUCAUUUACAAAAAUCACGAUUAUUUGUGUGGUUAAAACGUUAUAAACUCAGCUUCAUAAUGUUAUGAGGUGCAUGUAGACAAGUUGUCUUUCAUCUCUUUUUAAUUUUUUACGAAUUAAAGUUUUGUGUGUUCA